AUGACUGUCACACACGGCAUUGGUCCCAAUGGAGUUGCGGUACCCGGUUCUAGUGGAAUCCAAGUGAUUAUCGUCGGGCUUGGGAUUGCUGGUCUGGUCGCGGCUAUUGAGUGCCACUACAAGGGACAUGUGGUAAUUGGCCUUGAGAGAAGUCCCGGGAUUAGAGUACUGGGUAAGCUCUGCGAUAUCCAGUCCAAUGUACGUGGCUGGUUUAUUACUGAAGCAGGAGAUAGCAUCGCCCUGGGAAGCAAUGCUACAAAAGUUCUACAAAGUUGGAACAACGGCGAAGUUUUGCGCCAAUUGGUCUUCCAAUCCGAUGAUGUGGCCGCCAUGGAGAUUCUAGACCCUGCGGGUAAGCCGUAUGCCUUGGAUUUCAUGGAUGGGUAUGGCCUAGGAGAGGGUAUAAUUAUCCACCGCGGAACAUUGGUCCAUGGACUAUACGAACAUGCCAAGUCCCUGGGCGUUGAUUUGCGCUUUGGCUCAGCCGUCACCGAAUAUUGGGAGGACAAAGGUCAAGCUGGAGUGACUGUCAAUGGCAACCAACGGAUCGCGGCCGACUGCGUCGUUGGUGUGGACGGUGUGCAUAGCAAGACACGAGAUUAUGUGCUUGGAUACCAGAUUGCUCCCCAACCCUCCGGGCUAGCUGUGUACCGGGCAUGCUUCAGUGCCAGCUUACUUGGGGGUGAUCCCGAGGCUCCAUGGAUCCUGGAAGAGGCGGGCGUGCAGGACCGGAUGCGAAGGUACAUAACGACCGGGGGCCUUGGGUUGACUUUGGCAAAUGGAAAACGCGGCCAGAAUGUGAUUUGGCAGGUCUGGCACCGGUUCGCGGACUACAAGAUCAUCUCUCGUGAUCCUCUGCCGACCUGGAGUUCUCGUGGUGGGCGCAUUAUGGCUAUCGGCGAUGCAGCUCACGCAAUGUCCGCGAUUGCGGGCCAGGGCAGUCGUCAGUCUGUUGAGGAUGCGACUACGUUUGCCAUUUGUCUGGAGCUGGCGGGUAAAAGCCGAGUGAAACUGGCCCUCCAAGUGGUGGAGAAAAUCCGAUACCAGCGCACCAGCAUUAUCCAGGACAGUGGCAAUACAAUUUAUAGUCAGAUGCGCGAUCCGGACUGGGAGGCUAUUGAGAAGAAUCCGUCGAUGAUGAAGUUCCCACGCCCUGACUGGAUCUUUGAAUUAAAAUAA